GUGACUAACGUGUGCCGGAAGUGCAACGGGACGCUAACCAGUCGGUGUCUGGUUGUCAGGCUGCUAACAGACGGACGGGUUAACGGUAACGGUCGGUGGAGCCAGUCAGAAGCCCGGUACGGUGCUCGGUAGAGUUAACGGUCAGUUAACCGUCUUCUCCUCGUCUCUGUUGGUUGAUAAAUGGCGGAUCACGGUUUCAGCAGCCUGGAGCCCUAAAACACCUCAAGUAAGAUCACCAUGUAGUUGGACGGACAGAACCGAAAGACAGAACCAACAGACAGAACCGACAAACAGACCGACGGACAGAUCCAAAAGACGGAACCAACAGACAGACAACUGGUCAGUAACUGGUCACUGACUGGUCAGUAACCAGUACCAGAGUGUCAGCGUGGCGUCGUCCUGGUGGAGGAGCAGGCUGAUGGAGAGCGACUGUCGGAUCCCUGUGGCGUGUUGUCGGCCUCGAGUCCUCGUCCUCCACGCUCUGUUCUGGGGCCUCGUCUCCCUCAGGGUGUUUGGAGCACCUCAGUGGAGCAGUGAAGAGAAAACUUCAGUAGUGAAACAGCUGGUCGCCCCCUGCUGGCUGCUGGAGGAGUUUGUUGUAACGACAGAGUGUUCUCAGUGUAACGCCUUCCAGUCUAGGUCGUGGUCGUCCUGCGGACUGACGGGAUACGUGGAGAAAGUCAACUGCACCAGAUCCAACAAAGACGAGUACAAGAGCUGUCGCUCGUCGGUGAUGGAGGAACAUCUCUUCUGGAAGUUCGAGGCGGCCAUGUUGGCUCUGACGGCGGUGUUUGCCGUCGUGGUGGUCAUCCGUCAACGCUGGCUCGAUCGCCUCGCCUCCGAGAAGGUCCGCCGCCAGAUCGAGUCCAUCUAAGACCACAGCGGGACCUGGAGCAAGUAUGGAUUUUAAACUGAUCCAGACUCUGUGAUCCAUCAAGGAUCAGGACUAUAGAGAACUGGACUGUUUGUUGUUUCAUCCUCAACUUUAUUUAAAAUGAACUGGAGCUGAAGUUUUAGUCGUGUUUUCUGUACGAAGUUUAUUUACGAACGUCCAGCGAACUAAAACACACAAGAUUAAUUCGUACAUCAGUAUAUUUUUUUCAAACUGUUUUUAUCAUGAAUGCAUUCACACAGAAUGCGAAGAUUACAACGAAAAAACAACGUAAUUUUUUCCGGAUUGAGGUCGAUUUGUCGGAGCAUUCGCGCCACGAAUAAAAGCAUCAACCAAUCGGGUUGUCUGGAACCGGUUGAGUUAUAUUUAUGAAACAACAACACGGAGGCUCCGUAGUCGGAACCAGGGCAACAAACUUUAUUACUCCUUUCUACCUUCCUUCUGUUCUUCUCCACGAGUAUUUUGCAUUUUCGUGUCGUUUAUUCACCGCGUCCCGGUAACGACCUUAAAUCUGUUCAAAUUUGAUUUAGAAAUAUUUAAUGCUGAAAAGAUUAAAACUACUAAAGAAUUAAACUUGUUCUAUUUUAAACUAAAAUAGAAAACUGGACCUAAACCAGUCUGAACUGGGUCAGUACUGGACCUAAACCAGUCUGAUCUGGGUCAGUAUUGGACCUCAGUGAUUUUGGUUCCAAUAAAUGCCAAAUUAAAUUGUGUAUCGAUAUUAUUUUUCCAUUGAAAUUAAUAAGUUUAAAUUUGAAUUCACAAUAUUUAGUUAAAAAAUGUCUGAAUUUGAGUUCCUUAUUGAAAAUGUACAUUUUGAUAUUGACAUCAAACGAUGAGGUGAAAGUUUAAUAUUGAUUAUGGAUCGAUCACUGAUUGAAAUAUAUGGUUGACCUCACCACUUGCUGGCCUCUCAUUCAGAGUUUCAAACUGAACUGAACGGACAUCAGUUUGUGUGUGAUGUCAUCGUGUAGUCCUUCUCUGAUUGGAUGUUUUCAGACUGAAAUAGCGUUAAGCGGUUCGAGUCUAGAAGCGAGACUCUCGUGAGAUGUUUCCGGUUCGGAUCGCUCGUCGGAGUUUCAUUCGGCAAUCUGAAGGUCAAAUAUCUGAGUGUCUUUAAACGCAGCACCAGCUGGAGUGAAAUUCAGAUGUUUAUUAUUCAUUUUAGGGUUUGACUGUAAAUAUGUUGGUUUUGUUUUUCUGUGAAGUUUCUGACAAAAUAAACGGACGAGAAACAGUUUGUUCAAAAA